GCUUCAAACUUGCCGCGCUAUGUAGUAAGAGGAUCAACGAACUGAAUCCUCUGCUCCUAUAAGUAUACAGGGCAUCUUCGAUUCUUCGUCACCGAUCGCCCAAGAAUUCGAAUUCCUCGCCUCCCGCUUCUCAAUUCGCGCGCAGCUGGUAAUUGAAGGAUCGGAUCGAUGGCGAGUAAUUCUGUUAGAGGUGGUGCCCGUGGACGAGGCCGGGACGCGGCGGAGGAGACGCCGGCGCUGCCGCUGCCCCUGCCGCCGCGUCUAGCGGCAACAAUGUCUUCCUCGUCGCCGGCGUCCAUCCGGGCGCUCCUGGCGAGAACGAAUGCCGGGUCCGGCGGGGCUGACUGCCAGUCGCCGCGCUCGCUUCUGUCGCGCAUCCUGCAGCGCGGCGGCGGGGGCGGUGAUCAUGGCGGGAACGGCAGCGGCGGAGGGUUCGGGUGCCGGGUCAGGCUGCCGCGGCGCGCGAGGAUGGAGGAGAGCAAGGACGGCGCCGCGUCCGAGAAGUCGUCGGACGACGCCAGAGUGAAAGUCGUCGAGAGGCCCGCGCCGGAGCUGCCCGCCGAGACCCCGCGAAGCUCCCUCGGGAGGAAGAAGCCGGAGGAGGAGCUGGUGUCGAUGAACCUGGGGCUGGGGGCGAGCCUGGUGCUGCUGCUGUCCAAGAGCGCCGUGGAGCUGAACAAGAUGGUGGAGCUCCGCGCGCAGAUGGAGGCGCUCGUGUCGGAGAUGAGGAAGGAGACGGCCGCCAAGGAGAAGGCAGCUCUAGCACUACUUCCUCCGCCGCAGCAGAUGGGCUCAUCUAGCUCUACUACUUCCUGUUCGCAGCAAUCCAACUGCGGCAGCGCCACCACGACCGUGAUCAAGGACCCCAUCGCCCGCCCCGGCUGCGCCGCCGAUGACACGCUGUCGGACUGCUCCGUUGGCGGCGGCCGCGCCGUCGCCGUGUCGGCGGCGCAGAUGGAGGCCGAGCUCCAGGUCGAGCUCGGCCGCCUGCAGAUGCACAAGCAACGCGCCGCGCCUGCGCGAGGACUCGAGUUGACGCCGUUGCUGCAGGUGAAGACGAAGCAGAGGAGCCACGUGGCCGCUGUGGACAGCCCGCCCAGGAGCUGCGUAGACGUCGGCGUGGCAGAAGAGGACGAGGAGGAAGAAGAGCCCGGAGACGAUGAAGACGAGGAUGAGGAAGAAGAAGAGGAAGAGGAGGAGGGGCAUGGUGGUCGUGGUGGGGCGGGCGAUAAUAGCCCCCCUCACGGCGGCGUGUCGGCGCGGGUGCUGGAGCGGCGGCUGCACGAGGUGCUGCAGAGGCGGCAGCAGGAGCGGAUCGUGGAGCUGCAGGCGGCGCUGGACGGCGCGCAGCGCCGGCUCCAGGAGCGGGAGCGCGAGGUCGUCUGGUGGCGCGACGCCGCCAAGCUCGUCUCCCACCGCCGCGACGAGUCGCGCCGCAUCAGGGACGCCGACCGCCCGCCCGUACGGGCUCGGCCGCGCGCCGCUUAAUCAAUAAAUCCAUUGAUCUGCACUUGUGCAGCGCGCUUAAUAAGCUAGCCUUGCGUGUGGGUGUGUAAAUUGUUGUACUAAUGGUUCCAUCGGUUCAGAGUUUUGUUCCAGAAAAUCGUGUAAUACGAACGAGCUUGUAUGUUCUGCUCUUCGAUGCCACUGGUCGAUGUUGCUGCAUGCCUGCAUGUGCCGGCCGGGUGACACCCUCUGCUGCACCUGCACUGCAUGCAUAUUGCAGUACACUUGCAUGCCCGCAUGUGUUUUUACUCAUAAAAAUUUGAAUGUAUCUACACAUGACUUAUUGAA